CACCAGAUGACAAAUGAAACGGCAACAGACCAACUCGAGGUGCUGAAGCAGAUGGUCUUUUCGCGGUUGCAAUUUUUCGAACGAGCGAAGCUGCGGAUUUUGGAAACAGCCACUCUUGUCCAAAACCGCAUAAAAGAACAGGAGGCGUUGGCAGAAGAAACGCUGAAAGCCAUUUCAAACAUGAAGCAGGACUACAAGAAAACUGGCUGCCACUACCACUCGACCCGUUUGGCUUCAAAUUUCGUCAAAAACCAGCAGCAGCACUGUGCAAAUAGUAAAGCGGCAACGGCCGGCUCUGGUGCUAGCUUCGGCUCGGGCUCCUUAAAAGAAAAUACGCGCAAGAUGACCG